GGAGCAGUCCUUUUCCCACCCAGCAGGUGUAAAUGAGGGACAGACUCAAUACGUGAAUUAUCUGUUGUUGCCCUGUGGCUUAAUAAUCAUAGUCCUCUUUUCGUUUUCGUUCUCAGGCCUGCUGAAGGUGGUACUGUCAUUCUGAUCUCCAUAGAAGAAAACUUGUUAUUCCUUGGUUUGAAGAGGGAUUUAAUAAUAAUAAUAAUAAUAAUGUAUCCAGUUCCUGGUUCCAUGCAUGAAGGAGAUAAUGGACAUCCUAGGAAACUUAUCUCUUUCCUUUUCGUUUUUGGCAUUACGUUGUUAUGUGCUGGAUUUCUGCUUUCGAUGUUUGUGUUGCAGACGUGCCCAAGUGGUGCCUUUGGUGACUGUAAAGGAGCCCUCAAAAUCAUUGGGCCUCUGCUUGCUGUUACUGGACUAGUUUGUAUAAUUCUGGCGCAAUCAAGAGCUAAAGGCUACCUCAGAGAGGUGCAAUUGCAAGAUGACCAGGUGUAUGGGUUUGUUUUUUGUCGAGGAAACUGCCAGUUUGCUCAGUUCCUUGUCUUUGGUUUUUUAUUUUUAACUAGUGGGAUGCUAAUCAGCGUCCUUGGCAUUUGGAUUCCAGGAUGUAGCCCAGGCUGGCGCUACCAGCAGUUUAACCAUAGCAAUGCUUCUAAUGUUGAACUCCAGGAUUGUGGAUUUCAUUCUGUUCAGACCAUGGGACCUUUGAUUGUGCUCAUUGGAUUGUGUUUCUUUGUGAUAGCUCACAUUAAAAAGAAACAAAACAUAAAUUUCGUCCAGGAGUCUUCUGUCAAUGAAGAAGAGCAGCUGGAUCCUGAAUCAUUUCAAGUUACAGUGGGUGAUACUGUAAUGGUAUUCCCACCGCCACCGCCACCUUAUUUCGCUGACUGUCCACUGCAAACAAUAACUCCUAGCGUGGUAACAAGUGAUUUGCCUUUAAGUGAAAAUCCUCCACCGUACCACAGCACUUUCAUUAAUUGAGCACAGAAUGCUGAUGCAUCAAACCUGGUUGCUUGAAGAGAGAAUGAGCUACUGUAUACAAUGUCCGGAUGUGAUUCACCUUCUGAGAACUUAAUCCACACUCUCUCAUCCCUCUGAGUCAUCUCAAAAUUAUAAGGGCAAACGAGAAGCUGUAAAUAAUGAACGUGUCUUUUCUUCCUCUCCUUACGUCACCCAGAUGAUCCAUUGCCAUCCGCUUUGAACCAGCUGUAAGAAAUACUCAAGAGGGAAGGUGUAUAAAAGGAGAGAGAAAGAGGACUGUUAAAUUACAGGGUGAAAAUAGCCUGGAAGAGAGAUGGAGGAGCUUUGAGCCAGCAAGGAGAGCAGCAAGCUCCAUGGGCAAGAAAGUAGAAGCUGCAGUUGAAGGCCUGCCAAGCCAAGACUUCUGUUACUGGAAAACGAAGCCAAGGCAAUCUGCAGUUUCCAGAUAAAUACUUGGGACACGAAGAACCCAACACCUUAACACCUCUUCAUUUGGCACCUUCUAUGUAACUGGAAUACCCAAAGCAAUGUACGUCUCAAGUCAGCUACCAUCUGAACAUAGUGCUAUGGCACACAUCAAGCAGAAGGAGGGGAAAACCUGGUGGCUUUUUCUUUCUGUUUCCUUUUUCGGCUGUUGACAAACUCAAAAGUAAAGACACUGGAGACCUGAGAGUACUGAGUAUGUUGUGUGCGUGUUUGGGCCGACCCUCAUGUUAACAAAUUGUACAUGUGAGAUUUUCAGUUGAUUAAACAUUAUGGCACAAUGUA